AUGUUCUCAAGGACGUUUCUCCGCUCAAAUUUCGCAAGGCAAGCUGUCCGGCCGGCGGCGCGCCCAAUCGCCUUCCGGGCCCCGCUCCCCUUCCUCACCCAGCACCGCCUCAUCUCCGACGAGACGAAGCAGGCCAUCGAAAACGCCGUCGGCUCCGCGCCCGUCGUGCUCUUCAUGAAGGGAACCCCCGAGACCCCCCAGUGCGGCUUCUCCCGCGCCUCGAUCCAGAUCCUCGGCCUCCAGGGCGUCGACCCCUCCAAGUUUGCCGCAUUCAACGUCUUGGCCGACCCCGAACUGCGUCAAGGUAUCAAGGAGUUCUCUGACUGGCCUACGAUCCCUCAACUCUACGUCGAUAAGGAGUUUGUCGGCGGCUGCGACAUCCUUGUUUCCAUGCAUCAGAACGGCGAGCUGGCCAAGCUUCUCGAGGAGAAGAAGGUCCUUGCCGAGACCGAGGGCGAGGGCGAGAAGAAGGAGUAA